UGGUGUUGCCUUGGUGGAAAACUACGGUACAUCUUCGAGAUGGGUAGAGCUACAAGCUUGAUAUCAGAGAACUGUCAAAGCUUCGAGAUGACCUCUUGAUUCUGAUCAUGUCCAUUGUUGUCAUUAUUGUCCUCCUCUCGGCCGGACAUACACGAUUGUGUGAAUAUCUUGAUCUGAACGGGAAUGAUGUACGCCCCGUUUUAUUACUCCGUAUAACAUUUUUGAAUGCCUUCUUCUAUGGAUCCCGGGAGAAACCAUUUUUCCAGUCCAGAAGCGUGAUUCUAGCUCCUUCCUCAUCAUCCCUGGGGUUUAGCCUGUUCUCCAGGCCCGGGAUUCUCUCGCAGAAAAUUUUCCUCCUCUUGUGCAGUGGAUCAGACGAUGAUGGAGAAAGCACACUACUUAAGAGACGCACUUGCUGUUGUUUCAGUCUCAAGGUUAUGGCACUUUCAUCAAGGAUGUUAUGAUUUACAAGUCUAAGGAUGGAAGUUUCUGUGAUUGAAGCUUGAAACGAGCCAUUUGGAUAUGUUGGGAUCCUGAAUGAGAGGUCCGCUGUUCUUCUUGUGAAAAGACGCGAACCCUUUGGUUUUCAAUAAAAUGAGUAGUUGUGGGUAAUUCCUACUGCGUGGGAAGGGUUGCUUGUAGUCUGCAAUAGUGGCUCUGGUGGAUGUGGUGCGUGACUCGUGUCCGUCUGUCAGACAUGAAGAUUGUAUUAAGGAAUCCCUCGGGAG